AUGAUAUCCAAGAUGAUGCCCAGUACGAGUAUUGACCUAUCUCCAAUUGAUGUUCCGCCACCCACGACUCUCGAACAAAUCCGAACCUCAAAACUCCUCCCAUUCGGCUCUGUUCUUUCCGGCAUCGACAAGCAAUCUCGCACUGGGAAAUUAUAUGUCUCAUCCAUCGGCUUGUCAGAAGACGAGCACGAUCUUACUUUCCAUGGGGGAAUCGACAAGGCCAUCCAUCAAUAUUGCGUCGGUCACUACGCUUUCUGGGGUAAAUUGUUUCCCUCACCCGAAAUCCGCGCGAAAUUUGUGCCCGGAGGAUUCGGCGAAAAUCUUGUUGCUGGUGGAUUAGACGAGGACAACAUCUGUAUCGGCGACCUAGUUAGUUUGCCGCGACAACCCUGCUUCAAGCUGAAUCAAAGGUUUGGAAUCAAGAACUUUGCUCCUCAAACUCACCAGGAGGCGAAGACUGGAUGGUAUUAUCGCGUGAAGCAAGAAGGCUGGAUUGAAGAAGAGAUGGAAAUCCGAGUUAUUCAGAGGAGUCAUCCUAGGUGGUCAAUUGCUCGGUUGCACCAUUAUGUCCACCGAGAUAAGACGGAUGUUUCGGUAACGCAGGAGCUCAUGGAAGUUGAAGAAAUGGGCGCUGAGUGCAAAGAUGUUUUCGAAGCGAGGUGGCAAAAGAUUCAAGAAAAAGAAAUUGCCACAAAGCAAACGUGGAAGGAAUUCAAGAUUAAGCUCAAAUCUCCAGAGACUCCGCGGAUUGUUCGUCUUGAUCUUGAAGCUGUCCUGAAAACCGAAAAGCCUAGCGACAUUGCUGCUGGCAGUCAUGCCGUAAUCAAACUACCCAACGGGUUGAAGCGGGCAUACUCCAUAGUCAGCGGCAACACAAAUUCCCUUGUACUCGGAGUGGCUCUGGACGACACUAGCCGCGGCGGGUCAAGUUAUAUCCAUGAAAGUCUCAAUCCCGGAGAUAUUGUGUUGUUAGGAGCGGUAUCACAGAGCAUGUCUAUACACAAUAUGGCUUCACACCACAUUUUCAUCGUCGGAGGCAUUGGUAUUACCGCAUUUCUGGCCAUGAUGAAGCGACUUAUCGAUACCAACCAAUCCUUUCACCUUCACUAUGCGGUCCGGAAAUCCGAUGAAGUCGCAUUUAGGCCCCUGCUAUCGGAGCUCGGUCCCAACGUUACCAUCUACGACAAGUCUCAGUGGCAGCGCUUGGACAUGUUUGAUAUAUUCAUGAACCGAACUUGGAACAGCCACAUCUAUAUAUGUGGACCGCAGCGGAUGAUAGAUGCGGGAAUACAAACUGCCUCUGCUAUCAAAAUGCCUUCCGACGAGCUACACUAUGAGGUCUUCCAAGCUGAUACAUCAGGAGACCCGUUCACCGUGGAAGUUAUCUCCGACGAGAGGAAAGUUGAGCUGCAGGUUGAAUCUGAGCAAACGCUGUUAGACGCCAUGAGAGAUGCUGGCUUCGAAAUAGGAAGCUCCUGCGAAACGGGAAACUGUGGAACUUGUCGAAUUCCGGUCAGAUGCGGAGAGGUACAGCAUCGAGGAUCUGCCCUCACUAAAACAGAACAAAAAUCCGAAAUGCUUUCCUGUGUUUCCAGAGGCAUUGGCCACAUUGUUGUCGAAGUGCCCAAGUGUUGA